CUUACCAGGUAUUUAAUGUGUGUUUUCAAAUUUGAAUUGCAGGUUCGGACCUUCUACACCGAGGUGUUGAAUGAGGAGGAGCGGGAGAGGCUUUGCAGUAACAUGGCUGGUGCCCUGAAAGGAGCCCAGCUCUUCAUCCAAAAGCGCAUGGUUGAGAACUUGAAGGCUGUCCAUCCAGACUAUGGAAACCGGGUUCAGAAUCUUCUCAACAAUUUCAAUAAUGAGGCCCAGCAGAACACACCCGUGCAUGUCUACAGCCGUCCAGGAGUCUCGGCUGUCGCCGCAUCCUCCAAGAUGUGAUGCCUUAAAUUUCCAGAAGGGGCAGCACCCUCAUGUAUCGCAGAGCAAAUGCACUUCUUGAUUAACAACUGCUACUAAGAGUAACGAGAUUGGACUAAACAAUUAGUAUAAUGACGAGACUGAAACACCGACUUGUAAUGUGAGGGUUGUGUUUUUUCGUUUUUUUUUCAUUCAGUCCAUCCAAACAGUUGAUUUUCCUCAAAAUCCUCAAAGCUUUCAAUAUUCAGCAGAUUCUUUAUCUCUGUCAUUUGUCUUGAUUGAACACUAAUUUAAAAAACAGAUGAAGUUGUUUAGUUGUUAUUUUCUUUACAGACUGAAACAAAGACCACUAUGGUAACUAAUGUUAACUAGAUCGAGUACAGCAUGACGAAAUGGAGGGCUUGCCUUUGAUCAAAUAUGGCCUCAAUGCUAAUGUUUGUUUGUUUGUUUUUAAAUAUAGGUGUGAUUGGAGUUUCAAGUUCAACCUCAGCUUCUUCCAUGUACCAGGAUGAGUGAUUAUUUCUUAGGUUAUGUUUGUAUGUUGGAUUGAUUCAUCUCUCUCCAAAAA